CUUCCGAUAGGAGUCUCCGCCCUGAUCAGGAUGAGUGGAGGAGGGAAGAAGCGCGACGGAUCUGAUGAAUGUGCUGCCAUUCUGCUACGUUAUCUUCAGGAGCAGAACCGGCCUCAUAGUGCUCAGGAUGUCUUUAGCAACUUACAGCAACAACAUGGAUUGGGCAAGACGGCUGUAGUGAAGGCACUAGAGCAGCUGGCUCAGCAAGGGAAGAUCAACGAGAAGGUUUAUGGGAAGCAAAAGAUUUAUUUUCCAGAUCAGAAUCGUUUUGGUAAUAUGUGUGAAUCAGAACUCAAGGGCUUGGACAAUGAGAUUUCAGAACUGUCUUGCAAAAUUCAGACACUGCAACAGAACUGUCGUCACAUGGAAUCAGAACUGAAAGAACUGAAGGGCUCUAGGACAACCCCAGAGAUGGCUAAAGAAAUUGAAGAGUUAAAAAAAGACUGUGCCAAUUAUACGGAGAAACUGGAACGAAUUAAAUCUGCUGCCAAUUAUGUGACCCCUGAGGAGAAAGAAAAGGUGUGCAAUGAGAAAAAGCUGUAUUGCAGAGAAUGGCGUCGCCGCAAGAGAAUGGCAACGGAAUUACUUGAUGCAAUCCUUGAAGGUUACCCAAAAAGCAAGAAACAGUUCUUUGAGGAAGUUGGCAUUGAGACAGAUGAAGAUUUCAAUGUUACUGUACCCUCUGUGUGAACCAAGAUCUCAUCUGCGUAACUAAAAUCUAAGCAUUCAAGUUUCAGUUUCUCAUAUUCUAUGUUGCUCUGAUUUUUAAAAUCUAAAAAUAUUUGCAUACAUUGGGGAUAAGCACACCUCACAUUACAUUGUUUAGUUUUUUUCUAGUAUUUCACCAUAGGACUUCCUAAUCAGUUUGUUUUAUUCUUAAAGUAGUUAGAACAAAAUUUUAGUAAGCACUUGAGAAAAUCUGGGAAAGGGUUCAAAAUAAAUAUUUGAAUUUCUGAUA